AUGCUUCGAUCUAAAGUAAUUAGCCAAAGGCUUUCUCAAGUACGACGUCUAUCGUUAAAUACAAGACCCCCAAAUUCAAUAAGAUUGGGCCAGCCGACUCAUGAAACAAGACCACAUAUAAUCCCCAGACCUGGUGAUUUAACUCCUGGAAUAUCAGCGGUUGAAUAUUAUCAAAGAAGAUUGAAGCUAGCAGCAAAAAUGCCAAAAAAUUCAUUAGCUAUAAUAUUGGGAAACACUACAAAGUAUAGUUCUGGAAGUGUAUUUUAUGAUUUUCAACAAGAUAACAAUUUAUAUUAUUUAACUGGUUGGUUGGAACCAGAUUCCGUGAUGGCAAUUGAGAAAAAGUCGGAUCAAGGAAAUGAUGAUGACGUUGUAUUUCACAUGUUAGUACCACCAAAAGAUAUACGACGAGAGCUAUGGGAAGGAUCUAAAUCCGGAAAGGAAGGAGCUUAUGAAGUUUUCAAUGCUGAUUCUGUAGAAGAUAUCAGUAAAGCUUCGAGUUAUAUAAAGUCAUUAAUCAAUAAAAGUAAGACUGUUUUUUAUGAUAAUAAGUAUGAUGAGAAGUUGAAUGCACCAAUUAAACUGUUUUUCAACUUCGGUGGUGAAAAAUUUUAUGGUUUGAACGACGUGAUAUUAAAUUCAGGUAAGCUUAUAAAUCCUUUAUCUAAAUUAAUUGCAGAAUUGAGAAGCGUGAAAUCACCUGGAGAAAUUGAAGUUAUGCAUGCUACUUGUAAAAUAUCAAGUCGAUCUAUAAAUAAAGCUAUGGGUCAAGUCAGUACUAAACAUCCGUUUGCUACAGAAAAGACAUUAGCAAAGUAUUUAGAAUAUCAAUUUGUUAAAGGUGGGUGUGAUAAACAAGCAUACAUACCUGUUGUGGCAAGCGGAUCUAACGCUUUAUCGAUUCAUUACACAAGAAAUGAUGACUUGCUUUAUCACGAUGAAUUGGUAUUUAUAGAUGCAGGUGGUAAAUUGGGUGGGUAUUGUGCAGAUAUUUCAAGAGCAUGGCCAAAUUACAAAAGAGGCUUCACUGAACCUCAAAAAGAUUUAUAUGAAGUGGUUUUAUCUACAAACAAAAAAUGUAUUGAGUUAUGUGAUGAAAGUUUGAAUUAUUCUUUACAUGAUAUUCAUGAGUUUUCAGUGACUUCGCUUCGGAAAGAGUUAAAUAAUCUACCUGGUUUCAAUGUUAAUAAUUCGGAGGUUUCUCGUUAUUUGUAUCCUCAUUAUAUUGGUCAUCACUUAGGCUUGGACUUACAUGAUGUUCCUACAAUUUCAAGAUAUACAAAAUUAAUUGAGGGUAAUGUUAUUACUAUUGAACCUGGUUUGUAUAUUCCAUAUGAUGAUAAAUGGCCCAAACAUUUUCAAGGAAUUGGAAUAAGAAUUGAAGAUGAUGUGGUGGUAGGUAAAUCAAACGAUGAGAUUAUUAAUUUAACUAGCGGUUGUGUUAAAGAAAUUGCUGAUAUUGAAUCGUUGAUCCAAGGUGGUAUAAGUACUCCUGGUGUUGAUGAUGAGUUAGUUGUUUUAGAUAUUUGA